AGGAAUGGACAAAGCUGCCUGUGUGUGGUGGAUUUAACACGACUGGUGACUGCUAGGUUACCUUAUAUUUUGUUGACGCUAUCCAUCGACUGAAGCUCCACAAAGGCAACUGAAGAUGGGUUGGGAAGGAGGAUACGAGGCCAAUGGCACCGAGGGCAAGAACUUCUACAUCCCCAUGUCCAACAAGAGUGGGAUUGUUAGAAGUCCUUUUGAAUAUACUCAAUAUUAUCUAGCAGACCCCAUAAUGUUCAAAUUACUAGCAUUCUACAUGUUUUUCCUGAUCUGCACUGGAACCCCCAUCAACGGACUGACCUUGCUCGUCACGGCCCAGAACAAGAAACUCCGCCAACCUCUCAACUACAUCCUGGUCAACCUGGCUGUGGCUGGACUCAUCAUGUGCGCCUUCGGAUUCACCAUCACCAUCACCUCUGCUGUAAAUGGCUACUUUGUUCUCGGAGCCACUGCCUGCGCUGUUGAGGGAUUCAUGGCCACACUUGGAGGUGAAGUUGCUCUCUGGUCUCUGGUCGUCCUGGCUGUGGAGAGAUACAUUGUCGUCUGCAAACCUAUGGGAAGCUUCAGGUUCACUGGUGCUCACGCAGCAGCUGGAGUCGCUUUCACCUGGAUCAUGGCUUUCUCAUGCGCCGCUCCUCCACUCUUUGGCUGGUCCAGAUACCUCCCCGAGGGCAUGCAGUGCUCUUGCGGACCUGACUACUACACUCUGGCUCCAGGCUACAACAACGAGUCAUACGUCAUCUACAUGUUUGUUGUCCACUUCUUCAUUCCCGUCUUCCUCAUUUUCUUCACCUAUGGAAGCCUUGUGUUGACCGUCAAAGCUGCAGCCGCUCAGCAGCAGGAGUCAGAGUCCACUCAGAAGGCUGAGAGGGAAGUGACACGCAUGUGCGUUCUGAUGGUUAUUGGCUUCCUGGUCGCUUGGACACCAUAUGCCACGUUCGCCGGCUGGAUCUUCCUGAACAAGGGAGCAUCCUUCACUGCGAUGACAGCGGCCAUCCCUGCCUUCUUUGCAAAGAGCUCAGCUCUGUACAACCCUGUGAUCUAUGUGCUGUUCAACAAACAGUUCCGUAACUGCAUGCUGGGCGCUAUUGGAAUGGGCGGCAUGGUGGAGGAUGAGACCUCAGUUUCUGCCAGCAAGACAGAGGUGUCCUCUGUGUCUUAAUCGUGACGACUUCCACACAUCUUUGGACAUUUUACCUCACUGUCUGCAUCCAGAUUUGAAAAAACAUCCCAUUAAAAAGAAUCUCAAACUUUUGCCAAAUGGAUUUUUGGAUUUGGUGAGCAGACUGUGGACGGAAUACUCCAAGGAACGCCACCUCAUCUACUAACAAGUCCAUUUUCUGUAAAAGAUUAUCUUGUACAGCUUUUGUGUGUGUGUGUGAGUGAGUGAGUGAGUGAGUGAGUGUGAGGUUGAGUGCAUUCAUUCUCACCGGACAACAUGAGAUGGUGCUCAAAACACCUCGAACUGUAAACCUGCUGAGAUGUGACAACACCGUCUGCUGUCAUGGAAGUGUGUUCACACAUGAUGUGUUUUCAGUAUGUUUUACUGGACUUACCAGAGAUUAUUUUUAUUUAUUUUAUGAGUAGAUAAUAAAUGCAUGCAUCAAAAGAA